GAGAGAGAGAGAGAGAAUAUCAAUUGCUUUUAGGAAGUGGUCUGAAGUCACGAGUUGUUGGAAGGAGAUGCGGAGUAUCCAGCCCUUCAAUAGCAUUCACACGUAGUUUGCUGCACUAGAGCAAGGUACGUGGGGGAAGAAAAGAAAAAGUCUACUUGUGUUGUGGCUGAAACAUGUAUUGCUUUUAGAAAAAAUAUCGUGAAAAGCUCGAAGGACAAGUUAAGUUUCGUUUCUCCCUGGCAGUGUCCUGACGUUUCAUCAUGGCCGACAUGGACGUGAGUCACUUUUCUCUGAUGAGUCUGGAGGAUGAACUGACCUGCAGCAUCUGUCUGAGUCCCUUUGACUGUCCGGUGACCAUCCCCUGCGGACACAACUUCUGCCAGGAAUGUCUCCUUGACACCUGGAAGGAGGACUCGUACAGCUGUCCUCAGUGCCGGACCCACUUCGACACCAAACCGGAGCUGAAGAAAAACACGGUCCUCAGCACCGUUGUGGAGACUUUCAACUCGAGGACGAGCAAGAGCGAGACCGGCCUGAAAGAAAUGUCCGAGGAGAGUGAUGAAUCCGAGGAGGAAGAGGAUGAGGAGGAGGAAGAGGAGGAAGAGGAGGAGGAUGUCAUACGUUGUGAUACAUGUAUGGAAGCAGAAGCGUCCCAGACCUGCCUCACCUGCAUGGCCUCUUUCUGCGAGGAGCACCUGCGGCCUCACCGGGAAAACCCGAAGUUUAGCGUCCACCAACUGAUCGAGCCUGUCGGCGACCUGUCGGAGCGCAUCUGCCCGGACCACCACAAGCUGAUGGAGCUCUUCUGCAGCCAACAUGGCCGCCCAAUCUGCAGCCUCUGCCUCCAGCAGGUCCACAAAGGCUGCUCCUUCAUUUCUCCAGAGGAGCAGAGGAACAUGAAAGAGAUUGAACUCCGAGACAAGUUGGGUGUGCUGGAUGGGAAGAUGGAGAAGACUGAGAUGGUUAUGUUUCAAAUCAAUGACCUGCAGAUGAAGCUGAAGGAUGCAGCAACCAAAAAGAAGACAGCAUAUGCAUCUGUGUACCAGCAGAUGCGGGAUAUGCUGGCCCAAGAAGAACGUGAGGCCCAACAUGAGGUGGACGGCGAGCUGGAGAUUUGCCAGACAAAACUUCGGAACUUCAUGAAGAGAUUGACUGAGAAUAUGGACAACAUGACCAAAGCCAGAGAAGAUGUCAACAGUCUGCUGAGUGAAUCCCAAACAGUGGCCUUUCUACAGGCGUCGUUUGACUUGCCUAGGGUUACAAAGUUUGAACCUCACACCCCUCGAAUCAACCUGGACUCCAAGAAGGUGACGGCAGCACAGGCCUUCUCUGCUGCCCUGAAGGAGCAUCUGACAGACCUCCUGAAACAGCCGCUGGACGCCAGACUGCUGAAACUUAAACCAGAACUUAAGACUGGCAUUGUUGCGCCUGAUGAAAAAGCAGUUCCUGUCUCAGCAGCUGCAAGUACUGGAAGUACUGGAUCUCAGCCAGAAUUUGAAUUACCCGAGCCUCCACCUCCACCGCCCGUGUCCCACAGACCAGCCUGUCCACCCAUGCAGACGUAUUACCAGCCAGUUCCUGUUCCUGUUUAUAUGGGGGGUGGAUUCCAGCCUUCACAUGCAGGCUGGAACCCAGCCCAUCAUCCACCAGGCCCUUAUAGGGGGCCGCGGUUUACUGGAGGACAAAAGACAAACAAGAAAAGUGAUGCCAGUCACCAACCCUCCCAAAAAAAAGACAGAAGGCCUAACCCUAAGCCAGGAGGAAAUAACCCAGAUGCCAAAGGACCUGCUUCCACUAAGAAAGACAGUGCCAGAAGCCGUCCUCCAUCAGAGAAAACAACCAAGCACCAUCCACGGCCUAAAACUAAGUAGACACAGCACACGCAUUCCCUGCUGCAGUCCUGAUACAACGAGGCACUGUUAAGCUCCAUUUUCAUGAUGCACAAGUCUUAUCAGUCGAUCACAUGAUAGGGAAUGGCACGGUCACAUUGCUUUUUCAGUGCUUAAAUAAACAGCACACACACUUUUGCGCUUGUUUGCAUGACUUUGAAUAAUUGUCAUUAUGGAUCUAUGCGGUGUGUUUGUUUUUUUUUUGUACAUAAAUAAUACAAUAUACACAAUAUAUGUUUUGAAUUUGUUGCUUUAAAAUGCACAUGAGAUUUUCAAGCAGCUUGACUUUUGUAUUUGUUUAACUGGUAAAUGAUUAACCCAUCCCAGUGUAAUGAUGUCAGUGGGGUUGUUUUAUGCUACCCAACAGGAGCAUAGCUGCCAUGAUCUCUAGGCCUGGGUAUCGCCAAUGAUUUCCCAAAUCAAUUCCAUUCCAAUUCCAUUCUCGAAGUGUCGAUCAGGUUAGGGGAAUUUCAGAUGAAUUAAUAGAUAUCAGAUCACAAAAAAAAAAAAAAAGAAUGAAUUAUUUUAACCCAGCCCUUAUGAUCUCUGACCAGGGAUCAUAGCAGCAGUUUCUUCUUCAAGUGACUUAGAAUAGACCUUAAUUAAAACACAGAGACAUGUGGCUUGUAUAUGAAAAUAUUUAUGGGAAUGUCUUCAAAUCACUUCAUUACAUUCAGUUCAAUCAAAAAUCAGUUUUUUUCAUAACCAUUUCACCAAACCCUCUUUACUGCCAUUGUGUAAACAGCUGCUUUACAUGAUUGUUACCAAUAACAGCAUAUUCUUUCCCAGA